AUGGCCACUUCAGCUGAGGUUUCCCCGUUUUCGGGCUUUCGCGCUCGGGCCGAAGCUCUCGAUAGAGAGGAUGGACUUCGUCACUUGAGAGACGAAUUCCACAUCCCAACUAAAGCCGACGUCAAGAGAAAUACGCUGCUCGCAGGCGAUCGUAGCAAUGACGCACAUGUCGAUGAAACCACGCCAUGCACAUACCUAUGCGGAAACUCCCUUGGGGUACAGCCGAAGAGGACGGCGGCCCGCAUCCAGCAAUAUCUUGCGACAUGGGCAACCCAGGGCGUCCAGGGGCAUUUCAAACCCCUUGAGGAUUCCCCUCUGCCGACGUGGCUCGACGCAGAUCAUCGGGCAGCCAAAAUGAUGGCUCCCAUAGUGGGUGCGGAGGAGACGGAGGUCGCUGUCAUGCAAACUUUGACGGCCAAUCUUCAUUUACUGAUGUCCGCGUUUUAUCGACCUAACCCCAAUGGCCGGCACAAAAUCAUUUUGGAGAGCAAGGCGUUUCCAAGCGAUCAUUUUGCUGUUCUUAGCCAAAUUAGACACCAUGGGCUAUCCCCUGAGACCUCCAUGGUAACUAUUGAGUCGCCAUUCGCAGAGGACCCAAUCAUCAGCACCUAUGACAUUCAAGCUUUGAUAUCAAAGCACGCGGCAGACACGGCACUCAUCCUGCUCCCUGGAAUACAGUACUAUACCGGCCAGCUCCUGGAUAUCCCGACGAUAACGGCAUAUGCCCGCAAGCAUGGUAUAUUCAUCAUCUGGGAUCUUGCCCACGCUGCAGGCAACGUGACCCUUUCUCUCCACGACUGGGACGUAGAUGCCGCGGUCUGGUGUACGUACAAGUACCUGAAUGGUGGACCAGGCUGUAUAGGUGGCGCAUUCGUACACUCACGGAACAGCCUGAUUACGACCCCAGUUCUAGAUGGCGAACCUGAGCCCGAGCAAAGUUAUGGCCACCGAUUAUCGGGCUGGUGGGGGAACGAAAAAGGGACGCGAUUUCAGAUGGAAACUAAGUUCCAUCCUGCCAAAGGAGCUGCUGGCUUCCAGAUCAGUAACCCCAGUGUCCUCGACAUUACGAGCCUCUGCGCUUCGCUCGAGCUUUUCGAGCUUGCUGGAGGCAUGGCACCCCUACGAGAAAAGUCUAAGCGGCUGACGGCGUUUCUCGAGGAGUGCCUCGCGCAAAUGUCGGAAGAUGCAAAGAAGCUCUUCCGGACCAUCACGCCGUCUGAUCCCAACCAACGAGGCUCACAACUCAGUCUUUUGCUUAUGGAUGGUUUAUUGGAUGUCACGAUGCACGGCCUACAAGAACAUGGCAUUAUCGUGGACGAGAGGAAACCCAAUGUUGUCAGAGUUGCCCCCGCACCGAUCUACAACAAUUUUAAUGAUUGUGUCGCAUUUGUCGAGGCUUUCGAGACAUCUUUAGUGGCUGCUCAGGCGGCGAAAUUAAAUAAAUAA